AUGGGUUCAACUCCACAGACUCUCAUCUCAUUUUCGGCUAAGAUUUUGAGUAUUGUGGUUGUCACAGAUUCGGGAACGGCUCAAGAUCUUGUUUUCGCAAACCAAAUAUGA